CUGGGCAGGUCUGUGAAGAGGGAGGGGAGGUGGGAGUGUGUUGGGUGAUUCGAAUCUCUUUACUUGGUUUCCUGUCAUCGCCUGGUCUUCCAGGGAAAAUCCUCGGCGUUGACGACCCUGGUGCUGCAGUGUCCUUGUUCCUAAGUGACCAGCCGCCCGGUGCCAUGUCUCAGCCACCCCCCGACGUCAUCUCUGAUGACUGUCUCCGGAGUUAUAGCUACCUCUUCUGCCCAGAUAUUCUCCGUGAAAAAGUGGCCUUUAUCACUGGAGGAGGCUCAGGAAUUGGGUUCCGAAUUGCUGAAAUUUUCAUGAGGCACGGCUGCAACACAGUCAUUGCUAGCAGAAACCAGCAAAGGGUGACUGAUGCCGCUAGGAAACUCAUUGCUGCUACUGGUCAGCAGUGCCUUGCCCUGUCUCUGGAUGUCCGAGAGCCUCAGGCCAUUGCUGCAGCGGUAGAUCAGGCUCUGAAGAAGUUUGGCAAGAUUGACAUUCUCAUCAAUGGUGCAGCAGGUAAUUUUUUGUGUGCAGCCAGCACCAUUUCCUUCAAUGCUUACAAAACUGUGAUCGAAAUUGAUACAAUUGGCACCUUCAAUGUCUCCAAAAUCGUCUUUGAGAAGUACUUCAAGAACCAUGGUGGUGUGAUCAUUAAUAUCACUGCUACCCUGGACUACCGGGGGCAGGCGCUCCAGGUUCAUGCAGGCACUGCCAAGGCAGCUGUAGAUGCAAUGACAAGGCAUUUGGCUGUGGAAUGGGGUCACAACAACGUUCGAGUUAAUAGCCUGGCCCCAGGCCCCAUUAGUGGCACUGAAGGGAUGCGUCGACUUGGUACCCAUCAACCCAACUGGGAUAGAAAUAUUUUGGGAAGCCCUCUCCAGAGAGUGGGGAAUAAGACCGAGAUUGCCCACAGUGCACUGUUUUUGGCUAGCCCCUUAUCAUCCUUUGUGACAGGCACAAUCCUGGUGGUGGAUGGUGGGAGCUGGCUGACUUAUGCCAACGAUUUCAUGAAGUUGUUGGCGAUUGAAACCUUCCCUUCCAAACUCUAGGUAACUGCCCUGCUGAGAUAAUUGGAGGAGGACUCCUAGCCCAGACCUACUCUUUGAUCCAGUGCUACAGCUUUUUCCCAGAAGUCUUUCCUGCCUUCCUCUCACUUUGAUUCCCUCUGGUAUGCUGAGCUAUUUUGAGGCUAAGCUGUAGGAUUUUAAACAUCUAACAGUCCUAUUCCUCAGCCCUUCCGGUCUUAGGGGUUUUCUGGCAGAAGAGCCCUGUGAAUCUCCAACUGUUCCCUCCUUUCUAGUGGUCCCAUUGCUGACACUACCAGACAGGUGAUGGGAGCCUAUUGUUUAGUGGCUGGUGAAAGUCAUUUAUUAGUGGGGGAGUACUGGAUUGGAUUUAAGCAAAUAAAACUUUUGCAAGCAACUACAGAAUAUUGGCCAUCUAGUGAACAUGUCACAAAUAGAUCCUCAAAUAGGAAAUAAAUCUGUACUUUGUAGGCAUUUAGAACAAAGGGCUCUUGCUAGAAAGAUGUUAGCCUCCUCUUUCAAUCUUUAGUGCUAACUUAACUGAGCUGGGAAUAUUGUUCAAAACUUGCCUAACUAUAAGAAUUUCAUUUUUACUUGGGUUAUCCUGGCCCCCCCUCUGAGGAUAAAUAGAUUGACUGUGACCAAGGGACUGCCAUGCCAAAGGGACCAGAGCUUCAGACUCUGCCCCCAGUGUGGACUUGCCCACUCCAGAGACCUAGGGUGAACUCUUGAAUUUGUUUCCUAAUCUAAACUGUACUCUUUCGGGUUUUUCUGGGCUUCUCUGAUGAAGUGAUGGUCUUUACCCCUUGAGGAGAGGAGGGAAGGGUCACUAAGCUAGACUUUAUCCUAGACAAAAAGAAGAAAUUUGAGGCUACUAAUAAUCCAGAUCCAGUCCCUCUUCUGUCUGAACUUGGGUGUUGCUUCAAAUGUUCCCUUUGCUUAGUGAGGACUUGAGCUUUUGCUUUGGAAGGGGAGAGUAGGACAGGAAGGAAUGAAGUGUGACUGGAUCUACCCUGACUUCCCAGGCUCACCUGUAGCACUUUCUCACCAUUCAAACUGCCAGCUGAGAAGUGCUUAUUUCAAAGUGUGACUUAAUAAUAGACAGCGGUGUCUUAUAAGGGCCUGAAGGAAGUGGCAUCUCUUGUUGGGCAGAAUCCACCCCCUUCCUGGGGCCUGCUAAUAGCAUAUUAGCAGAGGCACCCCUCCUGGAUUACAUAUCAAUUUUGCAAGGGGUUAUUCACAUGCUCCUAGUCGCUGGGAGGUGACAGCAACAGAUAGGCCACUCUGACUCAAAGCUAAUUGGGGCCAGGAGUUGGGAUGGUGCAGGGUUAGCUGGAAGAGUGAGUGAUUGCGUUGAUUCCCUGUAAUGCUGACUGCCUGAACCAUAAUAGGCGCAAUUUCUUCAAACGCAGUGAACUUUUUAUUAUUCUGAGACCACUUACCUAGACCACGAUUUCUCAUUCCUCCAGACUCCCACUGAUUGCUAUUUUCCUGCACAUUAACACGUCUACCAUUGCUUGGGCAUGGAAAUAGCCCUUUGAUUUAAUUACUUGCAAACAGUUUAAUAUUGAAGCUAUUAACUCCAAUGGCAUUUUGCAGCAAUUUUGGAAGCUUUUUAUCUAUGCAAUCCUAUGUGAAAAACUCACCAAGGGGAACCGGAAUUUAUACUAUGUUUAAAUGAGGCCACUCACAUGGGGUGGGGGUGGGGGGGAAGAGGUAGUUACAGAUGCCUUUUCCCCUCUGGAUGGCAGCCUAACACUGUUCUACCAUCAUCUUCUUGUAUGCUUUUUGUUCCCCUCCAUAGUACCCACUGUCCUCAGGUCCACUGGAGGCAGCCGUGCUAGUAAGAGCAGACACGUAAUGAAUGGGGUUCCAUCCACUGUGUAUCAUUGAUCUUUGCUACCUUAAUCCUGUGUUUUACCAAGAAUUUUUUUUUUUGGAGAUUUUUUUCUCCUUGGUGCUUUACAGCACAACUUUCAAGAAUAGGAAAGCACCUCCUCCUUUCUUCCUUAUGUUCCAUGGCCGAAUUAUGUCUCCCUGGGGUCUGGUGCUUUAUUUAGGAAGGGUUCAAAGUAACAUAUAUACAUGUUUGAAUAUGUCGUUUUUCUCUGUAUCCUGGUCAUAGAUGGAGGGAAAAGUUUACAAAGAAACGAGAAAAUCGUACAUUUGUUUUAAUUGUUUCUUACAAGAAUAAAGUUUUGAUCUUGAAAUUA